CAAAAUGAUUUUUAAGUCAAGCUUUUAAAUAAAUUUUAAGUUUUUCAAAGAAUAUUUCUAGGAGUUCCCGGCUCGUUCAGCUGGCUGUGGCGAGGAGAGCCAGUGACAGGAAGUCCUUGGUGCGAGGUGUGGGUGCCGCUGCAAGAUGGCUGUCAACAACAAGAUUCAGAUAUUUCCAUCUCGCGCCAAUGCGGUGCUGAUGAGUCAAAAGAUCCUGGCCGCCAAGCGUGGCAUUCGGCUGCUGAUGCGCAAGCGCGAUGCAAUCGAUAUGAAGCUGCGGGAGCUGAAGGCCCAAAUGGUCGCCAAGGGGGAUAAUUUGGAUGAUGUGAUGCGCAACGCCAUCUUCUCAGUGACCAAGGCGAACCUGCUGGGCGCGGACUUCAAGCCCUUGACUGUCACCGACCAAAAGAAGGCAACCACAUACUUGAGCAGGCGCCAGCAGAAGAUCGUGGGCGUGACAUUGAACUAUUUCGACUUGGAGAUCUCCGACAUGUACGCCCAGCCGCUAGUUGGCCUCAACUGCGGUGGUCAACAGGUGGCGAAGGUGCGCACGAAUUUUCAAGACGCGCUGAAGAUGAUCGUCGACUACGCAUCGCUCGAGUACAUGCUGCGCCUGUUGACGCACGCCUCGCAUCAGACCAACAUGCGAGUCAAUGCCCUGGACUUUGUAGUCCUGCCGCAGCUGGCCGCAACGGCCAAGUAUAUCAGCAGUGAGCUGGAGGAGUUCGAGCGCGAGGACUUCUAUCGAUUGAAGCGCUCACAGGCCAAGCAGCUGGAGGCCAAGCGCGCCUUUACAGAGCUCAUCAAGACCAAAAAUAUGACGGCGGAGGAGCUGGCAGCGUACAUAAAGCACGGUGGCCAUGUCCAGCAUUUGCCUGAGAUCACCUUCGAUGAAGCACCAUUCGACAGAGAGGCACCGGACCCGGAGCUUCGCGAGGCCUACAUCAAGCGCCACUCCCUGGUCGCCACUCAGACGAAACGCGCCGACACCCACUUACCGGAUCCACAUACCGCCGAAUACUUUAAGCACAUUGAUCGUGAUGAGGUGACGUUGUCCGUGCGUGCUCAGUCGCUAGUACCACAGUACAGUUCAUCCGAAUCCAGCAACGAUGACACCUAAGUAUCGCAUUAUCGAACUCAGCAAGUCGAUGUCUCACUGAAGGUGCUUAGAGAUCUAUUUGAGGAACUCAGACUUAAAAUUUGUAAUUUUAUUGAAAAAGAAAAG